CCCACAAAGAAGAGGUAAAGCGCUGGCGCAGGAAUAUAGGUAUAAAGUAGUCAAUAGAUGAAACAGAAGUAGCGAAAUACUGUGUACUUGCUCACUCACACACACGCGCACACACAAUUUCCUCCUCAACUCUGCUGAAACAAAAGCCCUCUGUCUCUGUCUCUACAAGAAUCCGACAUCAAAACCACGAUCUGACCUCCAACAAGGAGGGGGUGCGUAUUAUCACAGCUUAUACAGAGACAUAGCAUAUUAUGGCAGACUUAGAAAAUUUGCUCCUGGAGGCUGCUGGAAGAACCAGUUCAGCAGGCAGAAGGAACACAGUUCCACCAUCUAGAAGGCGACGUGAGGGUUCAUAUUCUGAUGGUGGAAGUGACUCUAGGGAUGAUGAUUCAGAUGAUGAUCGUGAUUAUGCAAGCAGAAAGCCCUCUGGAUCUCAAGUUCCUUUGAAGAAGAGGUUGGACCCUGCUGAAAGAGAUGAUGAUCUGGGCAGCCAGGAAGAGGGUGAUGAUGAUGGUGUGUCUGAUCGUGAGGGUGACAGCAGUGAUGAAUCUGAUGUUGGUGAGGAUCUUUAUAAGAAUGAAGAUGACAGGCGAAAGCUUGCACAGAUGACUGAACUUGAAAGAGAGAUGAUCUUGUCAGAUAGGGCAUCCAAGAAAAAUGAUAAGAAUUUACGGGAGAAAAUUAGAUCAAAGAGGGAUAGCGGAAAGACCACUCAAUCUAGAAAAGAGACUCCACCUCUUCCACAAUCUCGUCUGCGCUUGACACCCAGAUCUGCUGACAGGUCCGCCAAGGAUGAUGCAUUGAAUGAAUUGCGAGCAAAGCGAUUGAAGCAGCAAGACCCAGAGGCUCACCGUAAAUUAAGAGAUGCAUCUAGAGGAAGUUCAGGGAAUCGAACUUUCUCACCAAAGCGAAAAACUUUCACUAGACCAAGUGUGAGUAGUUCUAGUCAGAGUGAGAGUGAAAGUAGGUCCCACAGUGAAGAUGAAGGAUCAACAGGGGAUGGUGCAAUGGUUGACAGUGAUGACGAGAGGGGCAUGUCUGGAUCUGAGGUUCCAUCUUUUGAUGAUAUAAAGGAAAUUACUAUUCGGAGGUCAAAGCUAGGAAAAUGGUUUAUGGAGCCAUUCUUUGAGGAGUUGAUUGUGGGUUGCUUUGUGAGGGUUGGAAUUGGGAGGUCAAAAUCUGGACCUAUAUACAGGCUUUGCUUGGUCCGAAAUGUUGAUGCCACAGAACCUGACAGGCAGUACAGACUGGAGAAUAAAACCACGUAUAAGUAUCUAAAUGUUAUAUGGGGCAAUGAAAGCUCUGCUGCCAGGUGGCAGAUGGCUAUGGUUUCUGACUCAGCUCCACUAGAGGAGGAGUAUAAACAGUGGAUUAAGGAGGUAGAAAGAAGCGGGGGUCGGAUGCCAAGCAAACAGGAUGUGUUGGAAAAGAAGGAGGCUAUUAAGAAAACCAACACAUAUGUUUACUCGGCGGCCACUGUGAAGCAGAUGUUGCAAGAGAAAAAAUCUUCUUUGUCAAGACCACUUAAUGUAGCAGCUGAGAAGGACCGGCUUAGGAGGGAGUUGGAAAUUGCACAAAGCAAGCAUGAUGAGGCAGAGGUGGAGAGGAUCAAGACAAGGCUGCAGCAAUUAGAGGCAUCCCGGCAAACAAAGGAGAAAGAUACCAAGGCCAUGAGGCUAGCUGAGAUGAACAGAAAGAACAGGGUUGAGAAUUUCAAAAAUGCAUCAGAACUGAAACCCAUAAACACGGGCUUAAAAGCAGGGGAGGCUGGUUAUGAUCCCUUUUCAAGGAGAUGGACUAGGUCAAGGAAUUACUACAUUUCAAAGCCUGGUGGAACCAAUGGGGCCACGGUGGCAAAUGGUGAUGCUAAUGGUGCAUCUGCUACAGUUGUAGUCAGUAAUGUGACUGGAGAAAAGGUAAUCACAGAGGUUGGCUUGGCCGCUACAGCUGCAGCCUUGGAAGCUGCAGCUGAUGCCGGGAAGUUGGUUGAUACUAGUGCUCCUGUGGAUCAAGGGACAGAGUCAAAUUUGCUGCAUAAUUUUGAGCUGCCAAUUUCAUUGGCUGCUCUUCAGAGGUUUGGUGGGCCCCAAGGAGCUCAGGCUGGAUUCAUGGCAAGGAAACAAAGAAUUGAAGCAACAAUUGGAUGCAAAGUCCCUGAGAAUGAUGGAAGGAGGCAUGCACUGACCCUGACGGUUAGUGACUAUAAGAGAAGAAGAGGGCUUCUCUGAAAUGUUGUUUCUUGAAUCAAAUUGAUUCAGUGAUGCAGAUAUAUAAGAUAAAGCUUGUAUUUUAUUCUUUGUUAUGUGGGUGGGGGGUAAACAUAAACCUGAUAUGUUAUUGUGUCCUAGAACAAAUUUGUCUUAUACAAGCAUUCCUGAUAAUUACUUUUAUUACAAUUUGUUUUGCCCAACUGUUGCGGCAGUGAGACACUAAAGUUGCUUCUUUUGUUAUUUAGGAUGCUUGCUGUGUAAAACAUUAUAAUACCUUAACCCUGGUCUGAGAAUGUUUGGGUGUUCAA